AUGCAAAAAGCGACGACCUACUACGACAGCUCUGCGAUCUAUGGAGGCUAUCCCUACCAAGGAGCAAAUGGUUUCGCUUACAAUGCUAGUCAGCAGCAAUAUCCUCUGCCUUCUGCUUCAGCGCUGGUGGAAACGGAGUACCAUCGACCUGCAUGUUCUUUGCAGUCCCCCACUGCCGGCACCAACAGCACUGUGUCCCAUCACAAGGCCAAUGAAAUCAGCGAGAGUUGUAUGAGGACCAUCCCCAGCCAAUCUCUCCAGCCCCCAGUCCUACCAGAACAGCCCCAGCAGCAGCCUCCGACCCAGCAGGCACCACCACUGCCCCCUCCUCCUCCUCCUCCUCCUCCCCCCUCCGUGUCGCCACCUCAAAAUGCCACUGCCAACACCACCCCUGCCAAUGCCACAAAGAGCUCCAUCCUGAACUCACCUACCAUGUCCAAACAAAUAUUCCCCUGGAUGAAAGAAUCUCGGCAAAACACCAAGCAGAAAAACAGCAGCUCCAGUUCAGGUGAGAGUUGUGCUGGUGAUAAAAGCCCCCCAGGGCAAGCUUCUUCUAAAAGAGCCCGCACAGCUUACACCAGCGCCCAGCUGGUAGAACUGGAAAAGGAGUUCCACUUCAAUAGAUACCUUUGCAGGCCACGAAGGGUAGAGAUGGCUAACCUCCUAAAUCUCACUGAAAGACAGAUCAAAAUAUGGUUUCAGAAUCGCAGGAUGAAAUACAAAAAGGAUCAGAAGGGCAAAGGCAUGAUGACCUCUUCUGGAGGACAGUCCCCCAGCAGAAGUCCUGUCCCUUCAACUGCUGGAGGUUACCUGAAUUCUAUGCAUUCCCUGGUCAACAGUGUUCCAUAUGAGCCUCAGUCACCAUCAUCUUUCAACAAGUCUCAUCCGAAUUCUUACAGCAUCCCUACAUCAUAUCCAGCUCCUAUCAAUAGCUGCCCGCCUCCUCAAAAGAGAUACACCGGAACUGCAGCAGUGACACCUGAAUACGACCCUCACCAUCUUCAAGGCAAUGGUUAUGGCAAUCCACAUAUACAGGGAAGUCCCGUCUACGUUGGGGGCAACUACGUGGAUACCAUGGGAAAUUCGGGACCAUCUAUAUUUGGUCUAACUCAUCUCCCUCACCCAUCCUCUGCUAAUAUGGACUAUAGUGGGGCAAUGGGCAACAAUCAUCAUCAUGGACCUUGUGAUCCCCACCCAACAUACACAGAUCUUGCUUCUCACCAUCCUUCUCAGGGAAGAAUUCAGGAAGCGCCCAAACUGACCCAUCUGUAAUAUACCAUUGGUU